AUGAUGCGACCUGUUACAACUUCUUUUCAAGGGAACGGCGUGGAGAAGCAGAACGCGGGAAAAUUGAAAUUUAACAAAGACACGCUGAAAAGAAUCGGAAUGGCGAUGAUGAUGGCCCCCGUAAUGUGGCAGUUGGCAGCGUUACCAGGCGCCUUUGCCUCCAUCAAGCUGGAUCUGUUGCGCAGCAUCAUCGUCGGGAAAAUUGCGCUGGCAGUGAUGCUGUUUAACGCGCUGAGAAAUUCUCAGAAGUCGGAAGUGGUACUGAUCCACAAGCCUGAGUAUCACGAUCACUAUUAUCACACUUAUCACGAACCGGAAGAUAACUACGAAGCCUGGACGAAGGUGACGUUAGCGAAACCAAAGACGAGGACGAAAGUUAUCUGAACUGUCUGCUGGAGGAUAACACGGUAGGAUGUUUGAGCACGAGGCUAGGCAGAAAUCUGGAUGAGAUCGAGGUACAAGUGACUGGGAAGAGCAACGAGACACCGAUGAGUGCGGUCAUCGAGCAGGCUGGUAAUUUCGUGGCCGAGGUGAUCGACGACGUUCAAAAUCCCGGAAAAUCGGACGAAGUCGCGGAAACCGCAGACGCUGAGGAAGGACGUGGCAAGAAGUUCGGAAAGAAGAAGAAGAAGCAGCUGCAGAGACUGCUCGGUUUGGUCAUGUUAUUCAAAGCCAAGCUCAGCCUGCUGCUUCAGCUGAUCUCGACGCAUUUCCAGCUAAAAUUCUUCUUCAUCGCUGUCAUCACCCUGGCCCUCAACGUCGUCAAGUUUUGGCUCGAUUUGAAAAAGUCUCAGCCCGCGAAGGUUAUCUACUACGAGCACGCGCAACACCAGCACCACUACGAUCACGAUGAUUACGAUCAUAGUUGGGGACGAUCGUCCAACGAUUCUCCCCAAGAUCUUGCUUAUUCCGCCUACACUCCGAAAAAUUGA